AUGCAAGGUAAGGCGGAUAGUGGUCAGCCGUCUGUGAGAAAGCGUAAUCGUUUGACAGUGGUUUGCUCCAACUGCAGAAGACGGAAGAGCAAAUGCGACAGGCAGCAGCCUUGCAGCAACUGUAUAAGACUUGGGAAUCAAGACACCUGCAGGUAUACAAAGGAGCUGAGGGCGGGAAAAGGAAGGAUUUUAAUCGAUGCCAGAAUCGACAAGAAAUUAUCAUCCAGUAGGCAAGGCACUUCGAGUGAUUCGAGUCCCAAUGCUGUGAAUUUUCAUUCCACGCAGGACAACACACCGGAGCACAUUAACAUUGUUCCUAAUGGUCGCUUUAUCGAGGUUAAGAGGUCAGCUAUGACGAUGUUUUCCCUGCUGUCAGAUAUUGCGAUUGAACACCGGGAUCCUUAUUUGAAAUCUUUAAUUACAUUUCGAAUGCUUGCCAUUGAUAUGACCGUUAAUCGAAUACAUGGAAGCAGACAGCAUGCCAGCUCGAAUCCGGGUUUGCCGCAAUCCUUCGCUCCGUUGUCGAUCUUCGACUCGGAUGGGGAUCCUCUAUCCUCAGAGGGGUCUUUCAAGCGCCAUCAGUUGAUUCACAGAUCUCUGUUUGAUAAGUUUGGUAGACAUAGAAAGAACGAUGCAUCCAAGUUUGACGAAAGCGAAAAAUUCAUCACUGAAAACUUGCCCCCAAGGUCGAUACUCUAUGAGAGCAUCCUGCCGUUCUUCGAAAGCUACCUUUUAAGCAUUGUGCCUAUUUUCCACAUGGAGCUUCUUAAGCAUGAGAUAGCUGAGUUUUAUGAUAACUGGGAGAGGACCAAAAAAAUCUCGGUCAAGAGCUUCGAUCAUAUCGUCUACUGUCUCACACUUCUGAUAACUAAGGUCUGUCAGCUGUCGAUUAAUUUUUCGAAGUUCUCUUCUAAGCUUCAGUCGCCAAUACAGCAUUUGAAUACUGACAAGUACAUUGCAAUCGUGAACCACUUUCUGUUCGAAAUGAGGUCGCUCAGGAAGUGUACCUUGAUGCAACUGCAGUGUCUCAUCCUUCUGCGAGUCUAUCACUGGUGUGCCCCCGAAGAUGGUGAUGGGGAAGUCAUGCAGCAUGGCCAGAUUCUACUGGGCACGAUCAUUGCAAGCUGUAAAGAGAUGGGAAUCUCUUGGCUUUCACUACUCACACCGGAUGAUUACUUUUUCAAGCUUGAUCCACAAUGUAGACCUUCGCCAGCAAUCAUGAGUCGAGAUGACUACGAAAGAGUCCUGAGAAUGAUUUGGUGCUAUGUGCUCUAUUGGGACAGAAAGAUGUGCCUGAUCAACGGACAGGAGUGCUUCAUUGAGAAAUCCUUUGAAUACGCUGAAACUGAUCCGAAUGCUCUUUGGCAUCAAAAAGUUGUUACGUUGGAUUCUACUGUACUACGCAUCAACAAUCUUUUGAAUGAUUUCCCUGGAAAGGUUGACCGCAAGGCAGUGGAUUACGAAAUUGACCAUGCAUUAGAAUUAUUUAACAGUCUAAAAGACAAGCGCGAUGAACAGCUGAAUCUGGAGUAUGAACUCAUGCUGGGUCUUUGUAAGCUUACGUUCUCACAUGCCAAAAUGGUUCACUACGAGUAUCAGACUGACGUACCCAAUUUUCACGAGACCGCCCAGGAUGUGUGGAACCAGAUCGUUCAUCUCGCUGGCGUAUUCCACAGCUAUUGCGAUGAAACGGAUCGGAGACUAGAACCAUUCACAAAGUUUUACACUAACAAAAUUGUCGGUAUCGUUGCCAAUAGAUUAUGCAUCUUAAUUCCUGCUAUGAUUCUCCGCAUGAACCGCUUUUCGAUUGCUGAUUCUGUGGAAAGGAACAUCAUGGUGAAGUUUCUCUUUGGUGUUUCUUCAUUGUACUUCAAUGAAUUUGGUUUUGAUUAUUACCGUUGUUUUAAGAAGAUGUUCACUGCGAAGAUAAGCUAUAAAAUACUGAACAGACCAGCAGAUAAGGAACCCUGGCAAAUCAUCCUUCGGUUCCUUUUGCAUGAUCUAGAAAAAGUUAGAAGUGGAAAGAAAACAGAUGACGUAGAUAUAGUACGAAGAAUUCCACUACUGGUUGAUCUUCAAGAGGCGCUGCGAAAAUUGCCCGAUGCAACUGGACAUGAUGUGGUAAAGACGUGGAACGAUGAUAUCUAUCCCAUUGGGAAACUCAGCGGUGAUUUUAAACUUGACUUGCAAACCGAUAAGUUGCAAGCAUUUCUUCUGGAUCGUUACGCUAAUUCAUUCAAUAUAUUCGCUUCUUUUUACGAUCGCGCCAGCCAGCGUUUAGCAGACACUGCAGAAGACGCAAAUAAUGAACUAAACGUGCAUGCCUUGCAAAACCAUUGGGUGCCAAUUUCACUUGCAAUGCCAAAUUCUGAAAUUCAAUCCAAUGGUUCAAAUUAUUCGCCCACAACUAGCACUGACCUAGAGUUGGCGAAUUAUGAGCUUAUUCAGGAAAUGUUCGAGCCUUUGGACUUCAUAUCGUAUUUCUAG